GCUAUCUCAAACAAGGUCUCUGCCGUCGCCGUAGAUGGUCGGACCCGCACUACGAGUGCCAAUAUCUCCCCUCGGGCAUCUCGUGCACAGUGCGGGUCAAUAACCGGGAGUACCACUCGGAAGCUGUGCUGGAGAGCGAAGUCCUCGCACGCGAAGCCGCAGCAAUGCGCGCUUACCUGCUCUGUCGGAAUUUCUCCGUCACCGACGGCGCACACCCUGGCGCAAAUGCUCUGGGCUCUGGGAAUGGUACGUCGCCCCCGUCACAGCAAGCUGCAUCAUCUCUUGCGGGUGGCCUUAUGUCACCGCAUCGUGGAUACCCCGCCCCUGGGGCUGGAAACGCCUAUGUCACUGGCUCACUACCCGGCCAGGGGAACCUGGCAAUGGAUAAUGGAUCAUCCGGUAGGAUGGUCACGUCCCAGGGGGUCAUCGUCGUGGGCCAUCCGCAGGUCGGCACUUGAUUGCCAUGCUUCUGAAAAGAGACGGGUUCGUAGGGUACCUUUGGGCGCGCCGUGGGAAUGAAGAGUGCGGGGUUUUCAGUUUUAGUUUAUCUUUUUUUUUCCCCUUCCUUUCUUCUCCCAUAUCGUCCCCUUUUUCCACCUUUUUUCCCCUUUUUGUGCCUAUUUUCUCCUCUUUCUACCCCUCAUCAGCUUUAUAACCCUGGGAAUUCUUAUCUAUUGGAUGAAGUUAUUGAUAAGAUCCUUUUCUUCCCUUUCGUGUCGCAUUUUAGUAUUUUCUUUCUUUCUUUCUUUCUUCUUUUCUGGAAGGGGAGAUCGAAAAUUCUUCGCUGUCGGCACAUCUCGGGUCAUUCAUGUAUCGCGCUGGCUU